AUGUUUCGUGUGUUCGCUGAACUAGAUAUUGAAGUAUCUACAACGGUCAUGUUUAUGCCCGUGGAUACAAUGAGCCUUCGUUGUGCCUUUGUAAUGCAGCACUGUAUCGAGGGGGCUCUUAUUGUACGAUUUUUCCAAGACCCAGUGGACCGGUUAUCCAUAGAUGGGGAUCUCUGUAUAUUCAAACAGAUCGUUGAAGAGGUUAGUGGAGAUGGGGAGAGGUCAUUGCAUUUGUAA